AUGAUCUCGGAGGGCCGAAACUACCUUUUCGCUGCUGCAGCCUAUGUCGAGCUGCAGAUGGGCUAUAGAUACUCUUACUACUGCUUCGUCGAGGCGGACACGGUCCAUGAGAAUUGGCAUGUGGGAUGGCAGAAGUUCGAGAGCUUUUUGAAAGAGUGGGAGCCGGCUGUUGGAUUGCCUGUGCUGGAUGGCUACAGUAGCACCAUCGAUGGCUAUCGGAAGGAGGAUGGGGCUAUGGUCAGGAGUGUCAUGAAUUUUGAUCAUACCAUUGAAGCCGUACACUCUGAUGCGGCUCCCUGGCUCCUUCCCUACGUUCUUGACGGCGACACAAAGUGCCAGUGGGUCUCUCAAUGGCGGUUUGCCUCCUUGGCAAAUGCCUUGUUCCCUGGGCAUGUUCUGCUGACUCACAGCGUGGAGAUUGAGAACACAGCACAUGGCAGCUACAGCAAGGACUACUGCAUGGAGGGCAUGCUGGGAGCCACGCUGGAUCUCCGUGAAAAGAUGCCGGAAGCCGCCAGCUGUUUUGUGGAGCCCCGCCAUGAGGCCUUGGCAAUCAACGGAACUCUUCGACUUUCUGCCUACCUGCCCUGGAGCCGGGCGCUCCGCAGAAGAGAUGCCGACCCAACAAGGCAAAACUACAGCAGCCCGGAGAUUGCCAAGGUUCGUACCUGUGAGGAUGAGCCAACGCUGCAUGCCAUGAACCAGAAAUCCUCCUACUCCUGGUGCCGGGGUUGUCCUGACAGCCUUGCCUAUGGCAUGCUUCAAAGCAUCGUUGCGCAUCGACCCUUUGAAUUUGUGGGCUGGCUUCGUUUGGCAGACUUUCUAGCCUUGGCUGUGGUUUCUCGAGACGAUCUACUGAUCCCGCAGAUGUGCCUCAGCGUGGCUGUACGCAUGUUGCGCUGUCUGUCGAACAUCGAUGGCUCUCACAUUUCUUGGCAGGAGCUGAAAAACUUCCGGGCAGCCCAUCUGGAGUGGGGCCUCCAGAUCCAGCCUACCGAGGAAACUGUUCAGGAGAUUGAGCGCCUCGCACUGGCUCCCGACAAGCGAGACAUCAUCAUCAAGGCGGUGCGCCUUGCAUUGAUGCCACAAGGCGAUCAGAUAGAGCCAGUGUCCUUCAUGAACCACGAGAAAGCCGAGUCUUUUGUGGACUGGCUUCUUCAGUGCCCUGCAGCUGGUGGAGUUCAUUGA